CCAAAAAACCACCAGCAAAUUUUUGGUGGGAAAACAAUACAAUCACAAGAAGCGGCGUCGUUUCAACUGAUGGAUUCCCAAGCUGAACGUCGUUUUCGAACUAUUCACAACCAACUCACUUCCACCGCCGCCGGCGAUCAGGAUCAACCGUCACUUCUCCGCCGUAGAAAUGCCGCCGGCAAAUUCUUCUCCGAGCAAGGAUUUAGUAAUGCGCUCCCUGAGGAACUGAAGACAGGAAAAUGGAAUGUGUACAGAUCUUCUCGCUCUCCAUUGAAGCUUGUUAGUAGAUUUGCAGAUCAUCCUGAUAUUGGUACCUUACAUGACAAUUUUGUGCGCUCGGUUAAGGCGUCUCCAGACUGCAAAUACUUAGGAUCACGAGUUCGAGAAGAUGGAACAGUAGGAGAGUACAAAUGGAUGACAUACGGGGAGGCAGGUACUGCACGGUCAGCAAUUGGUUCGGCACUAGUUUGUCAUAAGAUAACAAAGGGAUCUUGUGUUGGUUUGUAUUUCAUCAACCGACCAGAAUGGCUGAUAGUCGACCAUGCCUGCUCUGCAUAUUCAUAUAUUUCUGUUCCUUUAUAUGAUUCUCUUGGUCCAGAAGCUGUAAAAUAUAUUGCAAACCAUGCAGCAAUUGAAGCUAUAUUUUGUGUGCCAGAAACAAUAAAUCAUUUGCUUCGGUUCUUAUCGGAGAUUCCUUCACUGCAUUUAAUUGUGGUAGUUGGAGCAGUAGAUGGGAGAAUUCCGUCACUUCCACCGUCAUCUGGAGUGGAGAUCAUAUCAUAUUCAAAACUACUUAGUCAGGGUCUCAGCAAUCUUCAGCCCUUUUGCCCACCAAAACCUGAGGCUGUUGCUACGAUAUGCUAUACGAGUGGUACUACUGGGACCCCAAAGGGUGCUGUUUUGACCCAUGCAAACCUGAUUGCAAAUGUUGCUGGUAUGAGUAUCGGCAUCACACUGUACUCUUCAGAUAUUUACAUCUCAUAUCUUCCGCUGGCACAUAUAUAUGAGAGGGCUAUCCAAGUAUUGCUGGUCUAUUUUGGAGGAGCUUCUGGAUUCUAUCAGGGAGAUAAUCUGAAACUAGUGGAUGAUAUAGCUGUAUUAAGGCCCACUGUCUUUUGCAGCGUCCCUCGGUUAUACAAUAGAUUAUAUGCCGGCAUUAUGAAUGCUGUGAAGACAUCUGGCUCACUGAGAGAGAGGAUAUUUAAUUCUGCUUAUAAUGCUAAGAAGCAAACAAUUUUUGAUGGAAAGAAUCCAUCCCCAAUCUGGGAUAGAUUGGUAUUCAACAAAAUAAAAGCAAGGCUAGGAGGAAGAGUUCGCUUGAUGGUCUCAGGAGCUUCACCAUUAUCUCCUGAUGUUAUGGACUUUUUGCGGAUAUGCUUUGGUUGUCAAGUUAUAGAAGGAUAUGGAAUGACCGAAGCUUCUUGUCUUAUAAGUAACAUGGAUCAGAGUGAUAUCUUAUCUGGUCAUGUGGGCUCUCCUAAUCCUGCAUGUGAAAUAAAGCUUGUUGAUGUCCCUGAUAUGAACUAUUCAUCUGAAGAUCAGCCUUAUCCCCGUGGCGAGAUUUGUGUAAGAGGCCCCAUAGUGUUCCAGGGAUACUACAAGGAUGAAGUACAGACGCAAGAAAUGAUUGACAAAGAUGGAUGGCUUCACACCGGAGAUAUUGGAGCGUGGCUACCUGGGGGGCGCUUAAAGAUAAUUGAUAGGAAGAAGAAUAUUUUCAAGUUGGCACAGGGAGAAUAUGUAGCUCCAGAAAAAAUUGAGAAUGUUUAUGCAAAUAGCAAGUAUGUUGCACAGUGCUUUAUACAUGGUGACAGCCUGAAUUCCUCUCUGGUAGCCAUAGUCUGUGUGGACCCAGACAUGUUGAAAACAUGGGCUAUAAAUGAAGGCAUCAAGAAUAAAGACGUGAAACAGCUCUGCACUGAUCCAAGAGCGAAAGCUGCAAUAUUGGAAGACAUGGAUACUGUUGGAAAGGAAGCACAGUUGAGAGGUUUCGAAUUUGCUAAAGCUAUCACUUUGGUGUUUGAGCCUUUUACAAUGGAGAAUGAUCUGCUUACUCCGACUUACAAGAUAAAAAGGCCACAAGCAAGAAUAUACUUUGCUAAAGAAAUAGCAAACAUGUAUGCAGAACUCUCAGAAUCCAAUUCCUCUCCAAAUAAAAUCUUGUGAAAGGCAAAAAUAGUAUAUUGUGGUCUUAUGCUGUUGAAAUAUUGUCCAUCCAUCUCACAAUGAACUUAUAUAUUUAAGUAGUUAAUAUUGACAAUGUGUAAAACAUAUUCUUCUGUAGAACCAAAAAUACAUUUUGAAAAGCUUUCAAUUAUAUUUAUUUUGUUCGAGCUGAAAA